ACGCCGAGGCUCCCACAUCGGGCCCUGGAAAAAAAAAUAAAACAAGGGGGGGGGGACCCGCCGUAAUCCGCAUCCAUCCUCCGCCUGGCGCCCCCAUCCGCUCUCGGGAAGCCCGUAUCCGGAUAGAGCGGACCGAGCCCGAUCCGAAGAGACAGAGGCACGUUUCGCGAGGCGCCAGGAGGAACCAACGUACUCAAUGACCUUCCAGCGCGAUGUCAGAUCGUUUGGGGCAAACAGCAAAGGGGAAGGAUGGAAAAAAGUAUUCGUCGCUCAACCUGUUUGAUACGUACAAGGGAAAGUCCUUAGAGAUUCAGAAACCAACAGUAGCCCCUCGCCAUGGCUUGCAGAGUCUCGGGAAAGUUGCCAUUGCCCGGCGUAUGCCACCCCCUGCGAACCUGCCAAGCUUAAAAGCGGAAAACAAAGGCAAUGACCCCAACGUCUCACUAGUACCAAAAGACGGGACAGGAUGGGCAAGCAAGCAGGAACAGUCAGACCCAAAGAGUACCGAUGCCUCGACAGCUCAGCCGCCGGAAUCGCCGUCGCCGCCGGCUUCACAGACGUCUGCCUCAAACCCACCGAAACGACCCCCAACAGCACCCGAGAAUCCCCCUACAGUAGCAAGCGGGGUAAAGUCUUGGGCACAGGCCAGCGUUACCCAUGGAGCGCAAGGAGAUGGUGGAAAGGGAUCAAGCCUACUGUCGCGAUUCUCUCGCGAGGAAUUUCCGACCCUGCAGGCGGCUGGAGACCAGGACAAAGCUGGCAAAGAAAAGGACACUACCGAUGCGUCGUAUGGGCCCGGACCAAACCUCCGCCCCCAGAAUGCGACGAGCUGGCGGGAUGGAGGCGGGCGGGGCACUGACGGGGAGGUGCCCGAGCAGCACCCCGGAGCCCCCGACGGGCGGGCCGGGGUGGGCAUGCAGGCCUCCGCCCCGCCCCACUUCCCUCCCUACCGGGGCAUGAUGCCACCAUUCAUGUACCCCCCGUACCUCCCGUUCCCGCCUCCGUAUGGGCCGCAGGGACCUUACCGCUACCCCACCCCGGACACACAGAGGUUCCCGCGGCUGGCUGGGCCCCGCCCCUCGCAGCCCCCCCAGCGCGCGGCGGAGCCGGUGAGCCGCCCGCCCGUGCUCCGGCAGGACGAUCUGAAGGAGUUCGACGAGCUGGACCAGGAGAACGACGAAGGCUGGGCAGGCGCGCACGAGGAGGUGGAUUACACCGAGAAGCUGAAAUUCAGCGACGAAGAGGACGGCAAAGAGUCUGACGAGGAAGGGGCCGAGAAACACCAGGACAGCGAGGGGCCGGGCCCCGAGGGCAAGAAGGCCAGCAGCCCCAAGGAGGAGCUGCCCCCUGUCAAGGCGGCCUGGGCCGAGGGCUCCCGCCCCCCGGAGGGGGCCAAGGAACCGCCCGCCGCCCCCGCACCUCGCCCCCCGCCACCGCCACCCCCACCCCCCAACCGGGGCAACUGGGGGCAGCCCAACGACUUCCCAGCGGUGGGAGGUGCCCGUCUCCCCCUGACCCCCACCUCCCCCCAGGCGCGCCCCCCGGCACCGGAGGACGAGGAUGAGGCGUGGCGCCAGCGGCGGAAGCAGUCCUCCUCAGAGAUCUCGGCGGCGGUGGAGCGGGCGCGCCGGCGGCGGGAGGAGGAGGAGCGCCGCAUGCAGGAGGAGCGCCGGGCCGCCUGCGCCGAGAAGCUCAAGCGCCUGGACGAGAAGUUUGGGGCCCCCGACAAGCGCCUCAAAGCCGAGCCCCCCAAGGAAGCGCCCGCCCCCCCGCCGCCGCCCCCUGCCCCGGCCGUCGCCAGCCCCCCGGCCGCUGCCGCCCCCCCGGCCCCUGCCCCCCCAGAGGAGACAAGAGACCAGGAGGAGCCAGCCCCGGUCAGCAAACCCGGCAGCAGCACCAGCGGCAGCUUCGACGCCGGGCUAGCCGAGCCCCCUGUGGCGCCCGCCCCCAAGGAGGUGCCCGAGGUCCCGGAUGAGCCAGUGGUGGUGCCGGCCCCCCCUGUGGCCCCUGCCAUGCCCAAGACAGAGCCCAAGGGCGAGACUGUGGUGCCACCGCGCCAGCCGCCCCUGGCCCAGAACCUGGGCUACUCCAAGUACCAGAAGUCUCUGCCGCCCCGGUUCCAGCGGCAGCAGCAGGAGCAGUUGCUGAAGCAGCAGCAGCAGUGGCAGCAGCAGCACGGGCCGCCCCCGGUGCCCGCCUCCCCCCAGCAGCAGGUGGCAGCGGCUUCCCUGGCGGGCCUGGGCCCCUCGCCCGGUAUCCACCCUCCACAGGGGGCGGGGCAGCAGCAGGCCCCGCCCCCCCAGCAGCAGGCCCCACCCAAGGCCAUGUACCCGGGCUCCAUGGGGCGCCCCCCACCCAUGCCCCAGAUGAACUUUGACCCCCGCUGGAUGGUGAUCCCGCCCUACAUGGACCCGCGCAUGAUGCAGGGGCGGCCGCCCAUGGACUUCUACCCGCCCGGGGUGCACCCCUCUGGCCUGCUGCCCCGCGAGCGCUCGGACAGCGGGGGCUCCAGCUCGGAGCAGUUUGAGCGCCACCCCCAGAUCCUGCGGGAGCGGGGCACCCCGCCCAUGGACCCCAAGCUGGCCUGGGGGGGAGACGUCUUUGCCGCCGACCCCCGGCCCCUGGCCUCGCCCCUCCGGCAGCCAGAUGAGGAGGAGAAAGGCCUGCGGAGUGAGACGCCCCCUGUCCGCCUGCGGGAGGCCGCCACCCCCCAGCCCUACGUGGGCAGCUACCCGGCCUUCGCUGAGAAUGGCGCCCCGGCCCCCCUGCACCGCUUCCCGGGAGAUGAGCCCCGCCCGGGGGGGCCCUGGCCAGCCAGCCUCGCCCUGCCCCCCAACGCUCCAGGGGAGCUGGCCAGGAACGGGCGCCCCGAGCCCCUGGCCCAGCCCCCCCAGCGCCAGCCGGAUGAGAAGCCCCCCAAUGCCGAGGAGCCCAAGGAGCCCCUGGCGGCGCCCAAGAAACCCCCCAAGGAGGAGCCGGCCCUGCCUCCCAAGGAGGAGCCGGCCCUGCCCCCCAAGGAGGAGGCGCCGCGCCGGGCCGAGCGCCCCUCGCGCCAGCCGCACGACUUCCACCGGCCACCACGGCGCGAGGCCAAGACAGAGACACGCUGGGGCCCCCGGCCGGGCAGCAGCCGGCGGGCGGAUGAGCCGCCAAGCGGCGAGAAGCCCCCACGCAGAGCCGGGCCCAUCAAGAAACCUGCGCCCCCCAAGGAGGAGGCUGAGGAGCCGCGCCCCAAAGCCAAAGAGGGCACCGAGCCAGCGGGCGCCAAACCGGACCCACAGCCCGGCCCCAAGGAGCCCCCCAAGCCAGGCAAGGAGGCCAAAGCCAAGGCACUGGUGAACGGCAGCGUGGCGGGGCCCCCCAAGGAGCCACAGGGGGCGCUGUCGCCCACCCGCCGACGCCGGGAGUGCCCCUACGACCGCGGGGGCGGCGGCUACAUGGGGCGCGGGCGCGCCCGGGGGCGGGGGGAGUACUUCGCCCGGGGGCGCGGCUUCCGGGGCGCCUACAGCGGGCGCGGCCGGGGUGGCGGGGGCCGGGGCCGCAGCAGGGAGUUCCGCAGCUACCGGGAGCCAUUCUACCGCCUGGAGGAGGGGCCGGGGCCCCCAGGCGGCGGGGGUGGCGCCCGGCCCCGCAACGCCAGUGAGACGCGCAGCGAGGGCUCCGAGUACGAGGAGAUCCCCAAGCGCCGGCGCCAGCGCGGCUCGGAGACCGGCAGCGAGACCCACGAGAGCGCCAGCGAUGUGGCCCACUCGGACAAGGAGGCGGCCCCGCCCCCGCUGGCCCCCCAGCCCGCCAAGGAGGAGCGGCACCGGGGCCCAGCUGCCCUGCCCCGCUUCGCUGACAAGAUCCCGCCCCGCCUCUCGGAGCCGGGAGCCCGCGGUGGCCGCAUCUUCACCCCCCGCGGCGUGCCCUCUCGGCGUGGCCGUGGCGGGGGGCGCCCCCCAGCCAGCACCUGGAGUCCCCCGGCCAAGCCCCUGCCCGGGAAGAAGCCGGAGAAGCAGGAGCCGGAGGCAGCGCCGGAUUCGCCCGGCAAGGAGAAAGCGGCGCUGGGGCCGGCUCUCCCGGGGCCAGAGGAUCUGGCCGCGUUCCAGGCUCCCCCCAAGCAGCAAGGGCCGCCCCCCAAUGGUGCGGUGGAUCGCAGCUUCGAGCGGCCCCCCCGCCGGCGGCGCCACGGCCGCUCGCAGCAGCAGGACAAGCCGCCCCGCUUCCGGCGGCUGAAGCAGGAGCGGGACAACGCGGCCCGGCUCAAUGGGGAGCAGCGGGGCGGGCCGGGGGCCCCAGCAUACCCGCCACCCCCCGCCCCGGCGGAGGAAACGGCCUCCCGGCGCCCAGCCGGCGCCAAGUCCCCCGACCUGUCCAACCAGAACUCGGACCAGGCCAACGAGGAGUGGGAGACGGCCUCGGAGAGCAGCGACUUCACCGAGCGCCGGGGCGGUGGGCCGGGCGAGAAGGAGCCGGGGGGCCCCCCGCCCCAAGCCUUCCUGAAGGGGGGCGGUGGGGGCGGUGCCCCGUCGCUGGGGGGCCGGGGGGCCAGCACCGACCUGACCCUUGCCCAGCGCAAGGAGAUGUCCAAGCGCAGCUUCUCCAGCCAGCGGCCCGGCAUGGACCGGCAGAACCGGCGCCCCAACCCCGGGCCCGGCAGCGGGGGCAAGGCCGGGGGCCGCGGGGGGCCUGGCGGCGGCCGCGGGGACAAGAGGACCUGGCCCUCGCCCAGGAACCGCAGCCGCCCGGCGGAGGAUCGCCCCCCGGGCCUGAGCCUGCCGCCCGGGCCCACCACCAGCGCCGUCUACCGGCUGGACCACGUGGUGCCCAGCGACCCGGCCGGCAUCCAACAGGCCCUGGCCGAGCUGAGCAAUCGUCACGGUGCCCGCGCCAAGCAACCGCCACCCGGCACCGCCCCCGCCUCGGCUCCCACACCGCCGGCUCCCUUCCCCGCCCACCCGGGCGGCUACAGCCGAGAGCCUCUGUUCAUGGCCAAGGCCCAGCUGCUGCAGUCGGGCGCCAGGGCCCUGGGCGAUGUCCCCGGGGUUAACGGCUUCCUCCCCCGGCGCCGGGACCGGCCCCACAAGCAGGAGGACCCCCUGGGCUAUUCCCACAGCCCCGGCUUCCCCAGCCCCAAGCAGGACCCCCCGGGUGCCCACCUGGGCCAGCGCGGCAGGAGCAGCUCCUCCGAGGGGCUGGCGCCCCACAUCUGGAGCCGGCUGCAAUCCAGUGCCCCCAGGAAAAGCUACCGGCCCAGAUCCGUGGAGCCCUGGAUCGACCCGUUAAAUGCCUUUGAAGACGUCGUCAGCACGGAGAUGAGCCAGUCGGACAGCGGGGUGGAUCUCAGCAGCGACUCCCAGGUCUCGUCCGCCAGCUGCAGCCAGCGCAGCUCCCCCGACGGCGGGCUGAAGGCGACCCCUGAGCCUGGCGUGGGGGGCACACGGGGCACCGAGUCCGUGGCCCCCGGAGCCGAGGGGGCCGCGCCCCAGGAGCAGGGCAGGAGGCCGGCGCCCGCCGACGCCAGCCCUCACAAGGACAAGAAGCCAGCAACCCCCAGCACCGGCCCCCCCAUCCAGUUCGGGGCCAGCGACAAGGACACUGACCUGGGGCUGCUUGUGAGCGAGGGCAACAAACCUGGCAAGGAGCCCCCGGCCCCGGGCCUCACGGAGGGGCUGGUGGGCAUGUCCCGGGAGUGGGAGCUGCUCCCGCCCCCCAGACCCAGCCUGGCCCCCCAGCCCAGAGCCCUGGCCCUGGGGCCGGCCGCCUGCCCCCCUGCGGAGCCCUCGGCGUACUCAGGUGAGAGGGGGCCGAGCCAGCGGCCCUACCCCGAGCUCUUCUACGGCAGCCAGCCCGGCGUGGCCCAGCAGGUGCCCAGCCCCCCCGUGGAGUCCCAGCUCAACGGCAGCUUCCGCCCGGGGACCCCUUCGCUGCAUCCGUACAGAUCCCAGCACUUGUACCUGCAGCCUGGCCCGGCCCCCGGCUCCCCGGCGGCCCCCGUCCUGCCUGGCUCGGCCCUGCUCUCGGGGGUGGCCCUCAAGGGGCAGUACGUGGAGUUCUCGGCCCUGCAGGCGGCCGAGCUGGCCAAGCUGCCGGCCACGGGGCUGCUCUACCAGGCGGCCCCCCCCUUCCUCUACAGCCCCCCCUUCUGCACCAGCCAGCUGGGCCCCGAGCAGCCCCUGCUCCAGAUGCGGCAGGAGCUGAACCCCCCCUCGGAUUUCUACCCCGGCUCCCUGCCGCAGGCCAACCAGAGCAGCUUCCUGCAGGGCCCGGGCCCCGCCCAGCAGAUGUUGCUGCCCAUGGUGGAGUCGCAGCUGCCCCCGGUGGUGAACUUCGGCUCCCUGCAGCAGGGGGCACCAGCUGCCCCCCCGCCACUGCCCCUGGUGCCCGUCACCCCGGCCCUGCGGCCCCCGGGGCAGCUGGCCGGGCGCCUGGUCCCCUCGGCCAUCCGCACCUUCCCCCAUGGCAUGGGGCGCACGGAGCUGCACCCCAUGGAGAUGAAGCCCUUCCCCGAGUACCGGAAGUUGAGCAGUCCUGGGGGUCGAGCCCCAGCGGUGGGCAGAGCCUGCGUGGGCCCCUUCAGCUCCCGCCUCCGGGCUCCAGGAUCCAGCUACGCAGGGGGCAGCCGCAGCCAGCGCCCGGAUGGCGGCUUGCCGGUCUCCCCGUCGGACGUUCUCUGCUGGACCCCCAGGCCCUGGGAGCGCCACCCCCCAGCCCGCGAGGGGCCCCCCGCCCGCCGGCCCCCCAGCCAGAGUGACAAGCAGGAGCCUGGCCUCGCCCACCAGCGCUAG